AUGAAAGAUAAAAUUAAAACUAUAACAACGUCUAAUUCCUCGAUAGAAAAUAACAAUAAGGUAUUGAAACAAUGCAGACUAAUAGGAGCAAUCACCUUUGGGAUCAUAGCAGGGAUUCUGGGAUUUAAGGGAUUUUCAGGUAUUAUUUGCUAUAUUUCUUCUCUAACAAUGACAUCAAUUUUCAUUGUAUUGAAUGUUGGAAUGAAUAAUUAUAAUAGUUAUGUUGAGAAGACUAAUGACAUUUUAGGGAUUGGCGACUACAUCCUAGGUGAGGUGGAGCCAGUAUCAUUUGACCAGAUUCUUAGUAGAAUCACCAAAUUAUCAUAUGGACUGCAUCCACUUGUUGACCCAGCGAGAGUUACCCAGGCAGUAAUAAAUGGUAUGUAUAGUGGAAUUAAAACUUCUGAAUUGGAUGAGCUUGCUUCGCAAACUUGUGCGUAUAUGGCAGCUACACACAAUGAUUUUUCUAAACUUGCUGCUCGCAUAUCAACUUCCAAUUUACAUAAAAACACUUCUUCUGAUAUUGGCGAUGUUGUAUCACAACUAUUUUAUUUCAAGGAUGUUCAAGGUAACCCUGCUCCUCUGAUUUCAAGGUGUGUCUAUGAUUUUAUUAUGGAAAAUAAAGAAAUAAUUAAUUCAAAAAUUGACUUCUCAAAAGAUUUUGAAUAUGAUUAUUUUGCAUUCAAAACUUUAGAAAGGUCCUAUCUUCUCAGAAUUGAUAACAAGAUUGUAGAGAGACCACAACAUCUUCUAAUGAGAGUUUCUUGUGGUAUACAUUGCGGUGAUAUCGAGGCUGCACUCGAAACAUAUAAAUUAUUAUCGCAAAAGUAUUUUACCCAUGCUACACCUACGCUUUUCAACUCCGGCACUCCAAGACCUCAAAUGUCAUCUUGUUUUUUACUCAGAAUACCAGAGGAUUCUAUAGAUGGUAUUUUUGACACGCUAACAAAAUGUGCAAAUAUUAGUAAGACUGCCGGCGGUCUUGGAGUGGCAGUGAGUAAUAUUAGAGGAACGGGCUCGUAUAUUCGGGGUACCAAUGGAAGGUCUAAUGGACUGAUUCCAAUGUUACGCGUUUAUAAUGAUACUGCUAGAUAUAUUGACCAAGGUGGAGGGAAACGCAAGGGUGCGAUUGCAAUUUAUUUGGAGCCGUGGCAUGUAGAUGUUGUGGAGUUUAUUGAAAUAAGAAAGAAUCAUGGAAAAGAGGAGAUGAGAUGCCGUGACCUCUUUCCUGCCCUUUGGGUUCCUGAUCUAUUUAUGGAGAGGGUUGAGAAAGACCAAGAUUGGACUCUUAUGUGUCCGGAUGAAUGCAGGGGGUUGCAAGAUGUUUGGGGUGAUGAGUUUAAGAAACUAUAUGAAGAGUACGAAAAGCAGGGCCGCGGAAGAAAAACUAUGAAGGCGCAGAAACUUUGGUUUUUAAUCCUACAAGCUCAAAUUGAAACAGGAACGCCUUUCAUCUGCUACAAGGACGCUGCGAAUAGUAAGAGUAACCAGAAAAAUUUGGGGACUAUUGUUUCCAGUAAUUUAUGCACCGAAAUUAUAGAGUACACUAGCGCAAAUGAAAUUGCUGUUUGUAACCUGGCGUCCAUUGGUCUUCCGAAGUUUGUUGACAAAGAUAACAAAACAUUCGACUUUGAUAAGUUAAAGGAAGUUACGAGAGUUAUUACGAGGAAUUUAAACAAAAUUGUUGAUCACGGAUAUUAUUCUCUCCCAGAAUGUAAAAACUCAAAUCUAAAACAUCGCCCGCUUGGAAUUGGUGUUCAAGGACUUGCAGAUUGCUUUAUGAUGCUUCGUAUGCCAUAUGAAUCAGAGAAGGCUAGGAAAUUAAAUAAGGAGAUUUUUGAAGUUAUUUAUUAUGCGGCGCUCGAGGCUAGUUGCGAGCUCGCAGAAAAAGAUGGGCCGUAUGAAACGUAUUCUGGGUCACCCGCGAGUAAAGGUAUUCUACAAUUUGACAUGUGGGGAGUUAAGCCUGAUUCUGGGCUUUGCGACUGGGAUUCACUUAAAGAAAGGAUUUCUAAGUAUGGGCUCCGUAAUUCACUUCUAAUUGCUCCAAUGCCUACUGCGUCUACCUCGCAAAUAUUAGGUAACAACGAAAGUUUUGAACCAUUUACUUCAAAUAUAUAUCAUCGUAGGGUACUUUCUGGUGAAUUUUUUGUAGUGAAUCCUCAUUUACUCAAUGACUUGCUUGAACUUGGGCUAUGGGAUGACAGGCUUAAACAAAAUAUCAUUGCAAAUAAUGGAAGUAUUCAAAAUAUUCUUACAAUCCCGGAGGACGUCCGCGAACUUUAUAAAACAGUUUGGGAGAUUAAGCAAAAGACAGUAAUCGAUAUGGCUGCAGAUAGGGGCCCAUAUAUUUGCCAGUCUCAGUCUUUAAAUAUUCAUAUGGAAAAUGCUAACUUUGCAAAGUUAUCAUCGAUGCAUUUCUAUGGCUGGAAAAAAGGAUUAAAAACUGGCAUUUAUUAUCUAAGAACUCAAAGCGCAACACGUCCAAUACAAUUCACCGUAGAUCAGCAACUUCUUAAAUCAGAAACUAAUAAAGAAAAGGAUUCAUUGGAAAGAAACAAACGCCAAGCAAUUGAACCAGAAGAGAAAAAGAUAAUUGCCUGUCCAUUAAGGCCAUCUAACUUAAAGGAUGGUGAAGAAUGUAUGAUGUGUUCUGGUUAA